AUGGCGAAGCAGGGUGUGGCUUCCAUGCUUGCACUGGCAUUGCUUCUCGGAGCAUUUGCAGCCAUUCCUACAGGAGUCCACGCCAUCGGCGUGUGCUACGGCGUGAACGGCGACAACCUGCCGUCGGCGAGCGACGUGGUGCAACUCUACCGGUCCAACGGCAUCAACCAGAUGCGCAUCUACUUCCCGGACACCAACGCUCUCAACGCGCUGAGCGGCAGCAACAUCGGGGUGAUCAUGGACGUGCCCAACUCGGCCCUCUCCUCGCUGGCCUCCGACCCGAGCGCGGCGGCCACGUCUCCGGCGGGGACACCAACAGCAUCCUCCCGCCAUGAAGAACGUCAACUCCGCGCUGGCCAACGCCGGGCUGGGGAACAUCAAGGUGUCCACGGCGGUGCAGAGCGGCGUCACGCAGGGGUUCCCGCCGUCGCAGGGCAGCUUCUCGCAGGGGUACAUGGGACCCAUCGCGCAGUACCUGCAGAGCACGGGGCGCCGCUGCUCUGCAACGUGUACCCGUACUUCUCCUACACGGGCAACGAGGCCCAGAUCGACCUCAGCUACGCGCUCUUCACGUCGCCGGGGACCGUCGUGCAGGACGGCGGCAACGCGUACCAGAACCUCUUCGACGCGCUCGUCGACACCUUCGUCUCCGCGCUCGAGAACGCCGGCGCCGGGAACGUCGGCGUCGUCGUUUCCGAGCGGACCUACAAUCAGAACCUCAUCAACCAUGUCGGGCAGGGCACGCCCAAGCGCCCUGGAUCCAUCGAGACCUACAUCUUCGCCAUGUUCAACGAGGACCAGAAGCCUGGAGCCGAGACGGAGAGGCACUUCGGACUCUUCAACCCGGACAAAUCCCCGGCGUACCCCAUCAAUUUCUCCUAA